GUGUGAUUCACAAACAGAGAGUCAGCGGAGAGCUAUGUUCUUCUUGAUCAAUAAGAGCUUCUGACUUCUCUCCUAAGUACAAUUUAUUUUCUAUUCCAUACAAAGACAAAAUGAUCAGGACAUAUUCUUUCCUAUUUUCAGCACUGAUCAUGUGCAGCACAACUUCUGAGGAAAUCUUUCAGCCAACUCUAGUGCUGGACAUGGCUAAAGUCCUUCUGGAUAACUACUGCUAUCCUGAAAACCUAGUGGGAAUGCAAGAAGCCAUUGAACAAGCAAUAAAGAGCGGGGAGAUCCUGGACAUCUCAGAUCCAAAAAUGCUGGCCAGUGUCUUGACAGCUGGAGUGCAGGGUGCUCUGAAUGACCCAAGACUGGUGAUUUCCUAUGAGCCAUCACCGCACGCAGAUCCCAAACAAGAAGCUGAGACUUCGCCCACUCGUGAACAACUCCUGAGUCUUAUUGAACAUGUGGUUAUGUAUGACAAGCUGGAGGGUAAUAUUGGCUACCUGAGGAUUGAUUAUAUCAUAGGACAGGAAGCUGUGGAGAAAGUUGGAGCUUUUCUGGUCGACAAGGUGUGGAAGACACUGAUAGAGACAUCUGCCCUGGUGAUAGAUCUUCGUCACAGCACUGGAGGACAGAUUUCUGGCCUUCCUUUCAUAAUUUCAUAUUUACAUGAAGCAGACAAGAUGCUGCAUGUUGAGACUGUAUACAACCGGCCCUCCAACACCACCACAGAGAUCUGGACACUGCCAAAGGUAUUGGGAGAGAGAUAUAGCAAAGACAAGGAUGUCAUUGUUUUGAUCAGCCGCCACACCACAGGAGUGGCUGAAGAUGUGGCUUAUAUCCUCAAACACAUGAACAGGGCUAUCACUGUUGGGGAGAAGACAGCAGGGGGCUCACUGGACAUCCAGAAGCUACGUAUUGGCCCCUCCAACUUCUACAUGAGAGUUCCUGUAUCACGAUCUGUGAGCCCCUUGAGCGGGGGUGGACAGAGCUGGGAGGUGAGUGGAGUGACGCCAUGUGUGGCUAUUGAGGCAGAGCAAGCCUUGCAGAAAUCACUGGACAUCCUGGCAGUGCGCAGAGCAGUACCUGACACCAUGAGCCACCUCACCAGCUUAUUAAAGGACUACUACAGCUUAGUGGAGCGGGUGCCAGCAUUGCUGCGGCACCUCGUCACCUCUGACUUCUCUUCUGUGCAGUCAGCAGAGGACCUGGCCACCAAGCUCAACACUGAGAUGCAGACGUCAUCUGAAGACCCCCGUCUGUUGGUCCGAGUCAUGAUGGCAGGUGAAGUUGCUGCCCCCCCUGCUGAGAAGCCGAUUGCAGUGGCAGCCAACUUACCUGACAAUGAGCAACUGCUGCAUGCCUUGGUGGAUACUGUCUUCAAGGUGUCAGUGUUGCCAGGCAAUGUUGGCUACAUGCGCUUUGACGAGUUUGCUGAUGCCUCUGUGCUUGCUAAGCUUGGACCUUACAUUGUCCACAAAGUGUGGGAACCCCUUCAAAAUACAGAGAACUUGAUCAUGGACUUGCGUUACAACCCUGGAGGCCCUUCCUCCUCUGGUGUGCCUGUGCUACUCUCCUAUUUCCAAGAUCCUGCUGCUGGCCCUGUCCAUUUCUUCACAACCUAUGACAGGCGCACCAACCAUACACAGGAGCAUAAUAGCCAAGCAGAACUGCUGGGUCAGCCCUAUGGGGCUCAGCGUGGCAUCUACCUGCUCACCAGCCACCACACUGCUACAGCAGCUGAGGAGUUUGCUUACCUCAUGCAGUCCCUGGGCCGUGCCACUCUGAUUGGUGAGAUCACAGCAGGAAGCCUUUCACAUACACGUACCUUCCCUCUGCUGCAGCCUGAACAGGGAAUAACCCAUGGCCUAACUAUCACAAUUCCUGUUAUCACCUUCAUUGACAACCAUGGGGAAAGCUGGAUGGGUGGAGGAGUUGUGCCUGAUGCCAUAGUGUUGGCUGAUGAUGCAUUGGAGAAGGCUGAAGAAGUGCUGGCUUUCCACAAGAACAUGGGAGUACUUUUGGAGGGUACUGGGCAACUACUGGAGGCUCAUUAUGCCAUCCCAGAAGUGGCUGCUAAGGCCAGUGCUAUGCUAAGCACCAAACGGGCCCAAGGAGGUUAUCGAUCAGCUGUAGAUUUUGAGACAUUGGCUUCCCAGCUUACCAGUGACUUGCAGGAGGCAUCUGGGGACCAUCGACUUCAUGUCUUCCACAGCCAUGUGGAACCAGCAUCAGAAGAACAGCUUCCCAACGUGAUUCCCAACCCGGAGGAGCUGAGCUACAUCAUUGAGGCACUCUUCAAAAUUGAGGUAUUGCCAGGCAACCUGGGCUACCUUCGCUUUGAUAUGGUGGCUGAGGCAGAAACAGUGAAGGCCAUUGGACCCCAGUUGGUACAGAUGGUAUGGAACAAGCUGGUUGACACGGAUGCCAUGAUUAUUGACAUGAGGUACAACACAGGUGGCUACUCCACUGCCAUCCCAAUACUUUGUUCCUACUUCUUUGAACCUGAGCCUCGGCAACACCUCUACACUGUCUUCGAUCGUAGUACCUCCCACAGCACAGAGGUGUGGACUCUCCCGCAAGUCACUGGCAAGAGAUACGGCUCCCUCAAGGACAUUUAUAUCCUAACAAGUCAUAUGAGUGGCUCAGCAGCUGAAGCUUUUACUCGCUCAAUGAAGGAUCUACACCGAGCCACAGUUAUUGGUGAGCCCACAGUAGGUGGUUCCCUCUCAGUGGGCAUUUAUCGUGUUGGUAACAGUUCCCUAUAUGCUUCCAUCCCCAGCCAAGUAGUGCUCAGCCCAGUCACUGGCAAAGUAUGGAGUGUGUCUGGGGUGGAGCCACACAUCACCAUCCAGGCCAGUGAAGCCAUGGCUGUAGCUCAGCACAUUGCCAACCUGCGUGCCCAGGUACCACAGACACUGCAAACUGUAGGCAAGCUUGUGGCAGAUAAUUAUGCCUUUGUGGACACUGGGACCAUUAUAGCAUCCAACCUCACCAAGAACAUCAGCAAAAACAGUUAUAAAAGGAUUAAUACAGAAGAGGAGCUGGCCAGGAAGGUGACUGCCACCUUGCAGGAUCUUUCUGAUGAUGAGCACCUGAAAUUACUCUACAUCCCUGAACAUGCCAAGGACAGCAUCCCAGGGAUCAUGCCAAAACAGAUCCCGUCCCCAGAAGUAUUUGAAGAUCUGAUUAAAUUUUCAUUCCACACAAAUGUAUUUGAAAACAACAUCGGCUAUCUGAGAUUUGAUAUGUUUGGAGACUGUGAACUUCUAAACCAGGUGUCCAACCUACUGCUAGAGCAUGUUUGGAAGAAAAUCGUUCACACAGAUGCAUUAAUCAUAGACAUGAGGUACAAUCUUGGAGGCUCCACAACUUCUAUACCAAUCCUAUGCUCAUACUUCUUUGAUGGAGGACACCAAAUUCUCUUGGAUAAAGUUUACGACAGACCCAGUGACUCAGUAAAGGAAAUAUGGACCCAGCCAGAGCUCAAAGGGGAGAGAUACGGCUCUCAGAAAGGGCUAAUAAUCCUCACCAGUGCUGUGACAACUGGGGCUGCUGAAGAGUUUGUAUACAUAAUGAAGAGACUGGGCAGAGCUCUCAUCAUUGGGGAACAGACCAGUGGUGGCUGCCAUUCCCCACAGACAUAUCAAGUAAAUGAUACCAACUUCUACAUCAUCAUCCCCACCUCCAGAUCAGUCAUCUCUACAGAGGGCACUUCUUGGGAAGGGAAAGGGGUGUCUCCUCACAUGGAAACACCAGCUGAAGCAGCACUCAUCAAAGCAAAGGAGAUGCUCAGCGCUCACCUGCACAGCUCUAGAUAGCCCAGUGGGGGAACAUGGUCCUAGAAAGAAAGGUAGACUGUAAUUUUCUAAAAAGCCCAAGGGACCUACACUCUUGGGAGCUGAACCAAUAAUGGGUUUAGGAACCCAUAGCAGGAUUUAACUAUAAUUUAUGUAGCUAAUGCAAAAUUGAGAGCCCAAAAAUCUCAGUGUGUGUAUGUGCAUAUGUGCAUGAGUGCAUAUGUACAUGUGAGGGGAUGAGUAGGCCACAGAUGCUCCUCCUUGUGUUAUCUGUCUGACCCGACGAACCAUUGGUUGGUUACUGCACAAGAGCCCAGUUCCAACAGGAGAACUUGCAAGGUCCUUCUCCUACUCUGAAUAAUUCACAAGCAUUGGCAAUGGUGCUGUUGUGGGUAGCAAAAGUGGAUUUGAGUUCCUAUCAGCUGGGAGAGGCUUCACAAUGAAUUCUCAUUUUUUGCGUGAGUUUUCUAGUAACCAGGUUCUCAGGGAAAGAAAGCUACCUCCCCAAAUGUAAACCCUGGAAAGGAGUGGGCACUUUAUUUCAAUCUCUGUGGUUAGUGAUUGGUUCCCUAUAUAUAGCUCAAAGUUACCCAUCUUUCAAUGUGCUGACUUUUCUAUCCUGUUUUGUGGAACCCAACUCUUUCUCAGCAAGUUUAAGAUACUGGAAUAAUUCACUGGGGUUUCUGGAUUCCUCUCCUGUAUUCAAAUGUAAAUGUUAGUGGUUGCAGUGUCUGUUUUUUAAGAUGUAACUCCAAAUCACAGAGAUUUCCUCUGGUCCCUAGAAAACACCAACUGUCAAUAUUGAAGAUAUGUGAACCACCUCAAAGCAUUCAUGCAAAGAUAGAAAAGACACCCCUGCUUCUCUGGAAAUUGUGUACCUUCCUAAUUAUACAUCUUAAAGAAGAAUUAACAGUAGUUGGGAGAGUCUGUUUUCCAAACUGCAAGAGCUAGAUGAAGUCUCUUCUCAAUUUCAUCAUUUAGAUAUACCAAAAUAACCAUUCCCGGUCUGUCAGGGUUGCCUGUGCUCCUGGUAUGUCUGAGGUGCGUGCCUAUCUCUCCCCUAAUAUCUGGAAAAGGGAUGGAGAAUGAGCAGGAGAAAGGUGGUACCUUGACUCUUUCACCCAGUGUUUAGAUCAACUGGGUCAGUGUAAACAAUCACAUGCAUCUAUUUAAGGCUAAAAGCAGGUGGCUGUGUGUCCUGCCCCAAAGACAAGAAGAAAGCACAGAAAUAACUUUUGCAUCCUGCUAACAAGCUACUUAUCAAGUAAUGUUGUGUUCCAGUGCACCUAACAGCAUUAUUGACAUCAGCUUAAUCAAUGAAUGACAUUUCUUGUCUUUCUUACAGUUCUCAUCUAAACAUCUAUCCUUGCAAUUAUUUAGAAAUACCUAUAAUUCUAAUGUGGAUCUCAACAUUCCUUAUCUCUACAAAAUGCCAGCUAUAAGGCAAUUAAGUUAGGAAGAUGGUUCCCUGAAUUUUAGUCAGAGUCUGUAGUUGUUACACAUUGCUGUUUGCUUGCUUAUUUGUAUGUUCCUGCCAGGAUUUUUUUAUAAAUCAUGUUUAAACUCCUGACUGCAGAGAAUGUCUUUUGGUAUUCACAGGAAAACAAUUUUAACAACCAGAUAGACUUUCCAUCCUUUUUUACUACUUGUUUGUCUUAUUAGCUACACUCAGUGUGAUCACUAACUUGUACUCUUUUGAGUCAUUUUCGUAUUCUAAUUUUUAUGCACUAGCUAAUUGUUGAACAUCCCAGUGUUGUGGAAAAUAUUUAAAUGAAUUAAAACUCAUACAAAAUUUUGUGUGAAGUGGUAUAUGUAUGGAUAAUAUUAAAGAUACUUAAUAUGGAAAA